AUGGAAAUUGGUAGUCCUUUAUCGUUAACACCCAUCUGGAACGAGUUAUUUCGACAAAUAGACCAAUGGGGCCAAAUACAUUCCGUGUUUGAGAACGAGUUUCUAGAUGACUUGAAAGUGUGUACGUUGCAAAUAGGCCGUUCUGCAAUCUAUACGAAGAAGUUAAGUUCAUUAAUGUCGACCGUCAAUCGCCGACUAUUUGCUGCGUCAAUUUUAGCGAAUUUAAGCACCACGGUCACUGGUCGUCAUCGUUCGGCUGUUAUUUCUGCAUCAACAUACAAAACGGUCUUGGAGGGAACGUCAGUCUAUUUUUUCUACUUGAUGAGGAUGUGGCAUCAUGAAGUAUUUCAGCAUUUCGCUUGUCUUAAGAUGGUGGUUAACCGGUUUCGACGAUUCCUCUUCCAUAACAAUCGACUGAAAAAACUUAUUACCCAGUACGAAGAAAGUACUCCAACUUGGAUGUUGAAUACAAUUUGUGUUUCACUACAGAAUGCGUUUCGGGCUUAUUUGUCAAGCUAUUUAUCGAACGAUAAAUACGCUGAAUUUACUACAUUAUGUGAUGAGUAUCCAGACUUCAUAACAAAACGGAUGGGAUGGACUGUUCAACAAUUCAGUGUCAUUAACAGAUCAUGGUCAUUUGAAUUUCUUGUUAAGUUUUCCUUAGGGCUAUACCGUCAGUAUGAAUACUUAAAAGUACUCAAUGUUGGAUUAGAACCGGGAACUUACGUUGGACAACCUUCUAAAGAGAUAAAGCAAGCGUGGGAAAAAGCGCAACUUAUGUCGGAUUUCGUGUCAGAUCAGCUGAAAGAAAUACUCCGACUUCCAAGCUAA